CUGCUACGUACUCGGUAGAUGGAUGUGUUCUGUCGAUACACGUGCAGGGCUCUCCACCGCCGUCUGCUUGCCGAGAACCUGAACCAAGGAUCGACAGCCGGGACGCGCUUUUCCCCCACGGCGGCUGGACGCUUCGAAAGAACCUCCUCUUCGCUUGCAGGUCCCAAGGCAGUUGUCUCGAUGCCGAAACAAAACCUCUUCACUACCAAGCUAAAACCCCGUCGAGGGUCCCGAACGUCACACACGCGAGCCGCGAACCCGGGUUCGCGCAGCCUUCAAAAUGCUGCCAGUUCCCGGCCUGCGGAACGUGUGUCUGAUGCUCGUGCCCGGUGACGCUUCAAGAACAGAGAUCGAAGAGAUGCCCUCCCCUUGAAAUGACCUGCAUUUUUCUUUUGUUUUUGUCGCGAGAGAAUUACGACUUCACCCCUUCGGCUUCCCAAGCCCCGGACCCUUUUUCUACUCUGUUUUCUUCACACGGGAACUUAGAGCCUCCUCCCUUCUAAGCGACGACGACGAACCCUCCCCUCGCUCCGUUUUCGCCAAGAGAUUUGCGAUUCUGGGUGCUGCAGGAAAAAUGGGUGCCUUGUAUGAAAGAAAUCCUGGAAAGGAGGAACAUGGGCGGAAGGAAAGAUGGGUUUCGUAUCCCCACGCACAACAACUCAGGCGAUGAAGAACAACCUGCAUAGUCCGAGGCGAACAAGUAGGUCAAAAAAAACUUGUUUCCAUGGUGCAAGCGUUUGCGGCAGGUCUGCAAGAGAGGGUUCUUCUGUUCUCUUCCCGCGCAGCACCAGCCCGUUCGCCUGUCCGCAGCUGAUGAGGACAUUCUUCACAAAAAAAAGUAGUUUUCAAUCUGAGCCUCACCUUUCUGGUGCGCAGCAACGCGGAGUUGUGGUCGUGGGUGUACGGAUCUCGAUUUUCCCUGGAUUUCUUCAUCUGCCUUGGACUUUCCGGGUCAACCAGGAGAAGAUGUCAAGCGGGACCGCGUUUUCCAACGAGAGUUGAAAAUGCGCAAGGAAGCCAUGAGAGGGAGAAAGGACGAGGCAUGGCGCGAACGAGGAUGAAAAGACCCGAUGAAGACCGAAGUCCAAUAAGCCAAAGUUGAGACAGCCGAAGGGAGCGUGCAUUGUGUUCAAGACGAUCACCUGUACUUCUGGCUAUCAGAGCAAACAGGAGAGAGCUUAUCUGAGGGUAUCAAAUCUUGUUCAGUCCGCCUUUGUGGACAAUGGUCGAGUUUGAGACCGAGACAUUGAAAUGACCGGCGUGUACAGAAAAUUCUCCUUCAAUCAAUCUACCUUGACCUCGUCGGCGAAUUUGACACCAGGGCACAGCCUCAAACAUUGCAAAAGAUCAUCG